GCUGCGAAACUCCAGCUAUCGCUAUGAUUCCCCUCUCACGGCAACCCCCCUUCGACGAGAAACUAGUAUGCUUAAUGCAACGGGUCAGUCGCGAGCUCCGCGGCCUGGACGCCCUAUCGUUCGAAGAUAGUGGGGUAAUAGAGGCCGCCCUCGCAGAGGUUAGACUGGCAAAUACGGACAUGGUGAAAGCGUUAUUCCCGCUUAUUGCGCAUGUCAACUAUAUCGACGAUUGUCUGAUCCGCAGACAGGACAUGUGGGAUACCACUAGAGCCGUGAUGCUGUGGGUUGGUGGAGUGAAGUCCUUAGAGAGGCUUAUUUCGGGAAAGCGAGGUGGGUUUUACGAAGCACUCGAGAGAACAACCGCUUCUUUUGAAUCGGCUUCGGAGACGACAGAUUUGGCAUUCAAAUGCGGGAAAAAUAUGGCAGUUGCAACCGGCAGGCUCUGCAAUAAGAAUGUGUUGGAACUUCAAGGGGAGAUCUCGAAUAUUGGGCGAGAGUUGCAGGAUGUGGCUAAGCUGUGCGCUGAGGAGGAAGCGAACGUAAAACUCAAGGGCAAAUAUUUGGAGGGUAGGCUACACGCGGAGUUGCGGGGAAGAGAGGAUUUAGAAGAUGAGAUAUCGGAGGAGCCUGACCAGCGCGGAGGAGUUUUGAAGGUGAGCUACUGUAUCGGGCAAUGGGAUGUGGGUUGAAGCUGAUCGCACUAAGACCCUGGGAGAUGGUGCAAGAGCGAUGGUCUUGGGUUUAGCAUUCACUUACACCAUUCCCGGUGUCUUCACAUUUGGGUUUUUUGCCAGCAUUAGCGUUGUCACUUAUUUUUUGACCUCGUGGAAAAAGAUAUUGUGAGUAUGAUAGAUUUGCCUACUCUCGUGGUAAAUUCAACGGAGGGCUACUAAAAGAGGGUGCAGCCGUAGGGAAAAGGAUAAACAAAGUAUCCAGGGAAAGAUAAUGUACUCCGAACGGAAAAUAGAAGAACUAGAGCGCCGUCUAAAAGCAAUUGAGGGGAGGACAUCACAGCUCCACAAGGCAACAGAAGCGUACGAGGAAGCCCAACACUUAUUCAGUCUGCUAUCACCAAGGGCCGGGUCCAUGCAGUUGAUGACCAGUCAAUUUGAGACGCUUCUCAGCAGGCGGAAAACCCUGGCGGAAAAUCGCGUCGCCACGAUCCGCAGCAUCAGACCUCCGGACUCACCAUCGUGGUAUCGCCAUAGCAGGGCAGAUGUAGUUGCUCUUUUGGAGGGGAUCCUGGAACAGUUCAAGCAGGAUUAUGAACAAGAUACAAUCACAAGCGAGGAGGAAGCAAUCACCGCGGAGCUAGAGGAAAAACUCGGCUAUUUGCAAAGUAGAACGAGAACGCUCCAAAAGAUCCACGGUCGUAUCAGGAUCGAGAGCGAUGGCGUCGAAGACUCGGAUGAGAUACGGAAGGGUUCCUGGGAACACCUCCGGCUGAGCGCGAUACUCCUCGUUGGUGCCACAAUGGCUGUCUUCUACGCCUGGAACCACCGCCGGUGCUUCCUCCAAGCUGCGAAGUUCGUUACGAGGCAAACCGGACGGUCAAUCAUCUGGACGCUGAAAGGCGCCUUGAUCAAACUCUGGCAGACGAUGGUCAAUAUGCUCUUUGGUCUGAGAACACCCCUUCGCCUGCUCUGCGCCCUGGCACCCGGCGUAGCGCACUUUGCUCUGAACGUCUCAUUACGGCUGGGCCGUUUGGCCCUCGACUACGCAUUCAGGCUGCCCCUAAAGGUAAUGUUAGUGGUUGUGUUUAUGCUGUUCAGAAUGUUCACAACCAGGUUUGUUGUUCUUGGCGUUAUGGGCUGGUUUUUGGUGUAUCAUGGACCGGCCUGGGAUGAGAUAUGGGAUGUUGUGUAUGAUUGGGCCGUUUGGGGGGCCAUGACUGGGUGGAAGUGGUUAUGGGAGUUUUCGGGGUCUGAGGGAGCGAGUCAGGCGUUGGUUAUUGUAUCGUGAGGGACUUAGUGGCAAGUAUUGUGGGGGGGGGGGGGAAAGAAAUAGGAGGGGAAGAUUGGGAACUCGGUUUGAAUCGGUGCUGUUAGUAGUGGUCACGGAAUGAUAGAUAAUAGGUUUAUGUAGAGUUUGGGAGUCUUCGCCUUUUCGCAAAACUUUUGCUCCUCUUGGUGUUUUCUGCCGAGUGAUAUGAUGUGAUAUACUUACAAUAGUGUCGAAUUUCAGGAGAAAUAUAAACCGGACUGAUCUCGUCUACCAUCGACGCUAAAUCCACCGUGUGCCCAUUACCAAACCCCACAAAGAUGACCAGCAUCCGAAAAAAAAAGUGGGGAUCGGCAAUCCGCACCCGAGAGUUGGCCUUCUAUAACUCAAGUCUCCUCCUCGUCCCAGUAAACCCCAACCCUAGCCUUUCCCUCUUUAUCAAUGUAACCCCUAAACAUCCCCCC